AGCGGAGAGGAGGGAGGAGAGGAGAGGAGAAAGAAGGGAGGAGGGAGCAGGGCGCAGAAGGGACCAGGGCGCGGGGAGGCGGCAGGCCCGGCCCGGUCGCUGCUCCCUCCCGGGGCGGCUCCUCCGCCAGCGGGUGCUCGCCGCGCCUCCAGCCCUCAGCCCGCCCGCGCCCUGCCCGCCCCGCGCCUCCGCUCUAUCCCGGGCUCCGGGCCCCUCUCGUCACCGGGAGAGAUGAGUGCGGCCACGGCGCCCGAGCGCGGCUGGAAGAGCGAGAAAGUGGACGAGGCGCAGGCCCUGGCGCGGAGCUGCGCCGCCCGUAGACCGGACUUCCAGCCGUGCGACGGGCUGUCCAUCUGUGCCACGCACAGCCACGGCAAGUGCUUCAAGCUGCACUGGUGCUGUCACCUGGGAUGGUGUCACUGCAAAUAUGUGUAUCAGCCUAUGACCCCCGUGGAACAGCUUCCAAGCACAGAGAUCCCUGCAAGGCCACGAGAGCCCACCAACACCAUUCAAAUCUCCGUCUCGCUCACUGAACACUUUUUGAAAUUUGCGUCUGUCUUCCAGCCUCCGCUCCCCCCUGACUCACCAAGGUACUGUAUGAUUUCUGAUCUCUUCAUCGACAACUAUCAGGUUAAAUGUAUUAACGGGAAGAUGUGCUACGUGCAGAAGCAGCAGGCGCCCCAUUCCCAGAAGAUAAGCCCCGAGGAGGUCUCUGCACACGAUGCCUUAAUUUCUAAAGAGAGCGACACUCCGAAACUGGGUCACUGCUCCUCCCCUUCCGGUUCCGAGGACUCGGGGAUCAAUGCGAUUGGGGCUCACUAUGUGGAAUCCUGUGACGAGGACACAGAAGAAGGGGCAGAGCUGAGUUCCGAGGAAGAUUACAGCCCCGAGAGCAGCUGGGAACCGGAUGAGUGCACCCUGCUCUCCCCAUCGCAGUCCGAUCUGGAAGUGAUCGAAACUAUGGAGACCACUGUGUAGGCAGCUGGGAACUGCGGCCGGGGACCACCCUGAGCUUCUUCUGUUCUUUGAUUUGACGAGUCCUUUUCCAACCCUCUUGGCAUUUUCCAAGCCCCAUUACUAACCGUAGCAGUCCAGUGGUCUGCUUAGUGUUCCCCUUAUAUUAUUACCUUGUAAUGACAUUGUUUCCUUUUGUAUCUUGCUUUCUAUGUAGCAUCUGGUGUCAUGAGUUGUGACCCAGCCUUAAUUUCACUGAGAACUUUGAGAGCGGUGGUGACCACAGAGUGUCAUAGGUCACAUGGCGGAGCUCCCCAGAGUGGAAGUAACCAUAUUUUCCCAGUAGUCUGUCCUCUGUGGUGAAGGCUCUUGCUCAGCUCAGCUUCCCUUUGGCUUGUCACGUGACAUCUCUGUCCUGUUUCAGGGUGUGGGGGGGAGCAGCUCACUUCUGGAAACAGUGCAGCGGCCAGUGUUCCCUCCCUCCCUCUUCUGUUUGCCACCCACAUCGGCUCAGGACAAGAGUAGCCUCUGCUACUUCUAGAAGGUCCCUUUUGACUCCUGGCGAUGGCCGUGUCACAGCCUCUGUGACUGAAAGGCUCUCUAGUUUGUGUCCAGUCCGGCGGGGAUUCAGGACAGGACACAAAUCAAGCAGCUUGCUUCGCCGGGAGGCUGUUGGGAUCAGGGGAAGGAGAGGUGGACCCAGCCUGGGCUGGCUGAGAAAGUCGCUACAGUGUCUGCGCUGGCCCCGGGUGGGCUCCACAGCGUCCACUGCCCUUCUCGAUGGUUUUUCAGUUCAGGGAGAAGCAUUUAGGUUUCAUAGGUAUUAUAUGUAGGAGGUAACACAUCUGACAUCUUAAGAAAA